AUGAAGCCAACUUCUCUUACAGUUCCCUUAGUCCAGGAAAUAGCAAAGGAGGGUUUGGCCAUAGUUCCAGAGCGUUAUGUUCUUCCACAUAACGAGCGUCCAAUAAUAUCUACCACUACUCCUUUACCCCAAAUUCCUGUCAUUGAUUUGAGCAAAUUGUUGUCCCAAAAUCUCAAGGGAUCUGAACUGGAGAAGCUACACUAUGCCUGCAAAGAAUGGGGUUUCUUUCAGCUAAUUAAUCAUGGAGUCAGCACUUCACUGGUGGAAAAUGUGAAGACAGGUGCUCAAAAAUUGUUCAAUCUUCCAAUCGAAGAGAAGAAGAAGUUUCAGCAGAGAGAAGGAGACAUUGAGGGAUAUGGUCAACUCUUUGUCGUAUCUGAGGAUCAGAAACUUCAGUGGGGAGAUGCGCUUUACAUGUUCACUUUGCCACCAGAGAAAAGGAAACCCUACUUGUUUUCAAACUUCCCGUUGUCUUUCAGAAAUGAUUUCGAGGCCUAUUCUGGAGAAGUAAAUAAACUUGCCAUCCAAAUCCUAUGCCUAAUGGCAAAUGCCCUCGCAAUGGACACUAGGGACAUGACAGAGGCAUUUGCCCCAGGGAGUCAAGCAAUGAGGCUUAAUUAUUAUCCACCAUGUCCCCAACCAGAGCUUGUGAUGGGACUCAAUCCCCAUUCUGAUGGUGGGGGCCUCACAAUCCUUCUCCAAGUCAAUGAUGUAGAAGGCCUACAAAUAAAUAAAGAUGGACAAUGGAUUCCUGUUAAGCCCCUCCCUAAUGCCUUCAUCAUUAACAUUGGAGACGUGCUGGAAAUAAUAACAAACGGAAUAUAUCGGAGCAUUGAGCACCGAGCAACGGUUAACUCGGAGAAGGAGAGGCUUUCGAUAGCGGCGUUUAGCAUUCCUCGUAUGGAAUCAAUGAUAGGUCCAGCACUGAAUGAUUUAGAGACUUAUUCAGAGGAAUUAAGAAACCUAGCGCUCCAAGUUAUUGACCUUAUGGCGGAUGCCUUAUCAGUGGACACCAUGGAAAUGAGAGAGUUAUUUGGUGAAGGGACUCAAACAAUGAGGCUGAAUUAUUAUCCUCCUUGUCCCCAACCAGAGCUCGUGAUGGGACUCAAUCCUCAUUCUGAUGCCGGUGGACUCGCCAUCCUUCUCCAAGCCAAUGAAGUUGAAGGUCUUCAAAUAAGAAAAGAUGAACAGUGGAUUCCUGUUAAACCACUUCCUAAUGCUUUCAUCAUCAAUAUUGGAGACAUGUUGGAGAUAAUAACUAAUGGAAUUUACCAAAGCAUUGAGCACCGAGUAACAAUUAACUCAAACAAAGAGAGGCUUUCCAUAGCCACAUUUUACAACCCUGGUAUGGAUGCUAUUUUAAGACCAGCACCAAGCCUUAUUACUCCCCAAACACCAGCACUGUUCAAAAGUAUUAGUACUCCAGAAUACUACAAAGGAUACCUUACGAAAGAACUACGUGGUAAAUCAUUCCUCGAUACCAUGAAGAUCCCAAAUGAAAAUGUUCAGAAAAACUCUUAUAAUAAAAUGUUACGCGGAGCUCGUGAGUGGCUUAGACCAGUCAUAGCCAUGGAAUCAAUUUCUCUUCCGGUGCCCUCUGUCCAAGAAAUAGCAAAGAAGGGACUAAAGAGUGUGCCAGAGCGCUAUGUUCGUCCACAUCAUGAGCGUCCAACAUUAUCAUCUACCAUUACACCCUUACCUCAAGUUCCAGUCGUUGACGUCAGCCGAUUGUUGUCCCAAGAUCACAAGGAAUCUGAGCUUAAUAAGCUGCACUCUGCAUGCAAAGAGUGGGGUUUCUUUCAGUUAAUUAAUCAUGGAGUCAGCAAUUCGUUAUUGGAGAGUGUGAAGAAAGGAGUUGAAAAAUUCUUCAAACUUCCAAUUGAAGAGAAGAAGAAGUUUGGUCAGAGACAAGGAGAAUUAGAGGGAUAUGGUCAGGCCUUUGUUGUUUCUGAAGAACAGAAAUUGGAAUGGGCAGAUUUGUUUAUCAUUCUUACUCUCCCAUCACACUUAAGGAAGCAACACUUGUUCCCUAACAUCCCUUUACCAUUCAGAGAUGAUUUAGUGACCUAUUCUGCUGAGUUGAAAAACCUUGCAAUCCUAGUGAUUGACCUUAUGGCAAAUGCCCUUGAAGUGGACCCCAAGGAAAUUAGAGAGAUCUUAGGUGAAGGGCUUCAAUCAAUGAGGAUGAAUUAUUAUCCACCGUGCCCCCAACCAGAGUUAGUGAUGGGACUCAAUCCUCAUUCUGAUGGUGGAGCCCUAACUAUCCUUCUCCAAGCCAAUGAAGUGGAAGGUCUUCAAAUUAAAAAAGAUGGACUGUGGAUUCCUGUUAAACCCCUUCCCAAUGCUUUUAUCGUCAACAUUGGAGACUCAAUGGAGAUGAUAACAAAUGGAAUAUACCGAAGCAUUGAACAUCGAGCUACGGUUAAUUCAGACAAGGAGAGGCUUUCCAUAGCCACAUUUUAUAGCCCCAGUUUGGAGUCAAUUUUAGGUCCGGUACCAAGUCUUGUCACUCCAAACACCCCAGCGGUUUUCAAAAGAAUUAGUGUAAAAGAAUACAGCGAAGGAUACCUUUCACGUGAACUUCGUGGGAAAUCAUACCUUGAUAGCAUGAGGAUCCAAAAUGAAAAUGACAAAAACUCUUAA